UAUACAUAUAAUAUAAAUUAUUAUAUAUCGGUGUUAUAUUUUAUUACAGCUCCGUACUGAUAUUGUACCCAAAACAUCUGAAAAUUUUCGUGCAUUAUGUACUGGAGAAAAGGGUUUCGGUUAUAAAGGUUCAACAUUCCAUCGUGUUAUACCAAAUUUUAUGUGUCAAGGUGGUGAUUUCACUGCAAAUAAUGGAACGGGAGGAAAAUCAAUAUACGGCAAUAAGUUUGACGAUGAGAACUUUACUAUUAAACAUUCUGACGCUGGUAUGCUUUCUAUGGCUAAUGCAGGACCAAACACUAAUGGUUCACAAUUCUUUAUAACCACUGUAAAGACAUCCUGGUUGGAUGGACGUCAUGUUGUGUUCGGUAAAGUGAUUGAUGGUAUGGAAGCAGUGAGAAAAAUUGAGAAUCUGGGUUCUAAAUCUGGUCAAACUACAAAGAAGGUGGUAAUUGAGAAUUGCGGCCAGUUGUAGUUAAAAUUACGUUACUUAA